AUGAUGUUCAACCUCUCUGCAAAACAUCUUAUGCUCGCUGCUCUUUUUACCCAGCUUCUCCUGAGCAGCAACGCGGUGUCCUUCCCCGGCACAGUAGGCCCAUACAACACCAGCAUCGCAACAACCCAGCUAAUUGAUCAUCAUCGUUUGGAUCCCUACGCCCCAACGCCGCAGCCGCGUACUCUGAUGAUCUCUCUCUUUCAUCCCGUCCCUCCCGCAGCAUGUUGCCCAUCCCUGACGUCCUACAUGGACCCCAUCACCGCCACCUUCGAGGAUGAACAGUAUGCACAGGCUGGCAUCCCAGCAGGCGCCUUCGGCUCACUUACCCUUCAAACCUGCAAGCCAUGUACGAAUUCAACUUCGAGUCGCCGGGUCAAGGGCCCAAAAUAUCCGCUCGUUCUCUUCUCACCUGGCCUGGGGAAUACUCGACUCUUGUACAGUGCUAUGGCCCAGCAACUGUCCAGCACUGGCUACAUCGUCGUAACCGUCGACCAUCCCUAUGACGCAGGCAUCGUAACAUUCCCUGACAAUACCACAAUCCUCGCCGCGAACAUUACAACCGAUACCCAAAUUGUGGAUGACCUGAACAUCCGCGUGAGAGACGUAUCCUUCGUCCUCGACCAGCUCCACCGUCCAUCCAUCAUCUCAAAGCUCAUCCCAGGCCAAACAUGUGGGUUAGAUACCUCUAAAGUGGGAAUCUACGGUCACUCCCUUGGGGGCGCCACCGCAGCUGAGGCUAUGCUUUCCGAUUCCCGUCUCAAGGGGGGUAUCAAUCUGGACGGUACAUUUUUCGGCUCUGUUAUCAACCGGGGAUUGGAUAAGCCCUUCAUGAUGAUGGCGCAUGAAGGGAAGAAUUUGACAACUGAUGUCACUUGGGGCGCUCUGUGGCCAAAGUUGAAGGGUAUCAGGAGACGAUUUAUGCUGAAUGGGAGUACACAUGGUACAUUCACAGAUUUGGCGCAGGCUGCUGAUAUAAUUGGUCUGAGAGAGGAAUUUCCGACACAGGCGGCCGCAUUAUUGGGGAGUAUUGAUGGGGGAAGAGCCCUUCAGGUUAUUGCUACUUACACUAGCAGAUUCUUUGACUUUGUUUUGAAGGGAAAGAAAGUUGAGUUAUUGGAUAUGUCCAGUAUGGAGUUUCCUGAGGUGACUGUUGGGGAAAAUUAA